AAGUUCUUGAUUUAGUACUAUCUGCUCCAUGGACAUCACAUUGAAUCCUAAUUAUUGGCGUUAAUCGGGCAAACGCGGACGCGGACACGAGCUCCGAGGCAGAAUGAACGCACCUGGCAGCGAUAUUCGCACUCGCUGAAGCCCGCGUACUGAAGCGCGCGGUCUCAGCGCAGUCCACUUCACGAGGGUCUCGUCUGACCGACGCGCGGCGAAGAGAGGCGCGCGCGCGCGCGCCGGCUCCUGCUUGGCAAGCGCAUAUAAAAUCCAACCUCCAGUACGGCUUCUGCUUCUCGUCUGCACGCGGGUGCAGCCAAUCUGCACGCGGGUGCUGCCAAUGUCCUUCAACUUCUGAGACACCGGAGGCACGUAAAAGGAGAUUCGCCCGUCGGCGAGGCAAAUGCAAGACCCGCGGGUAACAGGAACAAAAACUGGCAAGAGGACGUCCCUUCUGUCUACAUUGGACAGGGUGUAUUCCUAUCCAGCGCGUAAACUCAAACGGAUCUAUUGCAUACGUUGAUAAGAUUCACUUUAAAUUACUUGGAUACUGAUGUAGCAUACCUAUCUAAGGUUAAUAAAAUAUUUAGAAUAGAACAGGGCAGAAUUAUAAUAAUAAUUUUAUUAUUAUUAUUAUUAGCGAAAUUGUAAAUCUUCAAGGUGGACUUCUGCCGAUUUACCAAGAAAAAAGGACUGAUAAAAGAAACAACGAACCAAACAAUAAAAAACAAUACAGAAACAUGAGACCCCUGGCUCAAACUUCAUCGGUAUCAAGACUAAUACAGCUGCUAUUCUAUCUCUGCGUCCACCAGACCUCUUGGGAACUGACAGAUGCCAUACAUCCAGACUGUGCCAUCAUUUCCCAGCACAUAAAGGCCCAGGAGCAGUGUCUCCAGAUCCGGAGAGAGGAGGCUCGCAACCGAACCGGGAGAAAAGGCUGUCGGACGGAGUGGGAUGAGAUCCGCUGCUGGCGGCGGGCGGAGGUGGGCCAGGUGGUCAACGUGUCCUGCGCCGAGGUGUCCCAGCUCUUCAGCAACAACCAAGGCUAUAUCAUUAGGAGCUGCACUAAGGACGGCUGGACGGACCUGUACCCCCCCUACGAGGAGGCCUGUGAAUUUCGGGAGGACGAUGAGACUGGGUCUGAGACGACGUACUACUCGACAUUCAAGCAGGUUUACACCGCGGGCUACGCCACCUCGCUCAUCUCCCUCAUAACGGCCAUCUUUGUGUUCACCGUGUUCAGGAAGUUCCACUGCACCAGAAAUUACAUCCACAUGAACCUGUUCGCCUCCUUCAUCCUGCGAGCCAGCUCGGUGUUCAUUAAAGACGGCGUGCUCUUCGCAGCGAGCGUGGCCUGUAAGUCUGCAGUAGCCUUUUUCCAGUUCUGCAUCCUGGCCAAUUACUUCUGGCUGCUGGUGGAGGGCAUGUACCUGCAGACCCUGCUGGCGCUGACCUUCGUCUCUCAGAAGAAGUACUUCUGGUGGUACAUUCUGAUUGGCUGGGGUCUCCCGACAUCCGUGCUGACUGUGUGGGUGCUCACCAGGUACUUUUACGAUGACAGGGGCUGCUGGGAUGACACGGAAAACGAGUUCAUCUGGUGGAUCAUCAAGGGCCCCAUAACCGCCUCACUGCUGGUGAACUUCAUCAUCUUCAUCAACGUGAUCCGGAUCCUGGUACAGAAACUGAAAUCCCCGGGGGUGGGGGGCAACGACACCAGCCACUUCAUGAGGCUGGCCAAGUCCACGCUGUUCCUCAUCCCGCUGUUCGGCAUGCACUACACCGUCUUCGCCUUCCUGCCGGAGAACACCGGGGAGGCGGCGCGGCUCUACAUCGAGCUCGGCCUGGGGUCCUUCCAGGGCUUCGUGGUUGCGCUGCUGUACUGCUUCCUGAACGGAGAGGUGCAGGCGGAGAUGAAGAAGAGGCUGUGGAAGUGGCAGAUGCAGGGCUACCUGAGCGUCACCAAGCGCCGCCGAACCCUCUUCACUGAGAGCAGCACCGUCACACAGAUCUCCAUCCUGGAGAAGUCCAGCCCCAAGGAGCUGCCAUCGUCCGACUGCCAGCACAGUGUGUCGUCUGUCUGAGCCCUGCUUGUGUGUGUGUGUGUGUGUGUGUGUGAGUGUGUGUGUGAGUGUGUGUGUGUGUGUGUGUGUGUGAGAGAGUGUGUGUGUGUGUGUGUGAGUGUGUGUGUGAGUGAGCAUGUGUGUGUGUGUGUGUGUAUGAGAUAGAGCCUGUGUGUGUGUGUGUGUGUGUGUGUGCAAGUGAGUGUGUGUGUGUGUGAGCGUGUGUGUGUGCGUGUGUGUGUGUGUGUGGGUACGUGAGUGUGUGAAAUUCAUUUAAGAAAAAAAAUCUAGAGGAAGGAAGGAAGAGGAGGAAGGACAGGUUCUGCUGACCAUUGGUGCCACAAACAAGCUUCUGGUCCAACGAACACUACCGCUGCCCCAGCAAACAGAAUUUUCCGGCAUGUUCUGGUCAACUUUUCUCAGCGCCUAGAAUCUUCUGGGUACCCCAGGAACACUAUUUGCCUUGAAGAAAAAAAAAAAAGAAUUUCUGCGACUUUUACCUGAUUUUGCUUUGGAUCAAUUAAAAUACCCAGAGGCCUUUUAGGGGCUCGCUGUGACCUCACGCCGCAGCCGUACGGGACCCGUGGCGUCUGUCCAGCGACGUUUGGGGACAGCCGUGCGUCAGUGGGACGGGUCUGCGGUGUGCCAGGUUCCAGCGCUACAGGCAUACCUGCGGCUUCCGCUGGAAGCUGUGUGCGCUUGUGUUUGUCCGUGUGCCCGGCCUGUGGGGUAAUGACCCUCGGUCCUCCUCUUCCUCUUCCUCUUCCUCCUCCUCUUCCUUACCCUCUACCCUGUUGUUCUGCCGUUUGGUUCAGUGCUCACUCCUGGAGCGCACAGCUCCGGUCCUGGAGAGCCGGCGUCUGCAUCCAGGUCUUUUGCCCAGCCGAAUUGCCUGACCAGUUUUAAAUGCCGGCGCUGGUUUUUCACCAAACACGCACGAGCAGCCCGCAGCUAUAGCUCUUGACAUGACUAAUAGUCUCAGAUCACACAUUUGACCGGGAUAAUUCAAGUCAGAACCGGAGCUGGCACAGAACACUGUUACCCAUCAGGCCUUGCUCGUGCAUCCUUGGCAAACAGGAAUCAAAUGUAUCAUUUUGAUUCAGUGAAAUCUUUUUUUUUUUUUUGCAUGCUGUAAGAUCACCUUCUGUUUGAAUGUUCUUUUAAAAAACGCUUUUAAACAAGCUGCUUGUUUUUGCUUCGAGCGGCGGCCUCCAGAGACAGUCUGUUGAUAGUCCAGCUGCACGCGAAGUUGGGGAGGCGCCCUGAAGGUAAAUAUUAGCGUGUGCGGUCUCAGAGCAUCCAGGAGUUCGGCAGACCGGCAGCCUUUCCUGGACCGUGCCCAGUGUCUUAUCACGCGCCCUGUUUGCUUUUCAUCCUCCUCUGGCUGACGGUACCGCGUUUCGACUGAGGGAACCGCGUUCCGGCUGACGGUACCGCGUUCAUAAAUCGAAUGGUGUCUGCAAGUUCGUCUGCCGUCUGGAGACGUUUGCUUUGAGAACUGUAAAACAUAUAUUAACACUGCCUUCUAUCUAUCUACGGACCUACCCGCCAAAUUACAUGGCAAACGAUCAUAAAAUAAAAAAAUGUUCUCGCCUCCCAAGACUAUCUUGAGGAAAGGAUUAUUCUUUUACAAUAAGUACAGUCGUAACAUUGGUGUUUCAUGUGAUGGGAUUAGUUUUCUUUUUGCAUUUAACUUUCUAAUUUUUUUAUUUUUUAAAAUGACAGAUUUGUCCCCCAUUCUUUAAUUCAUUUUUAGGAAAAGUAUUUGUAAAAAUGAAAGAAAUACAAAAUAAAAUGUACUGUUCUCUGUAUAUAGUUAUUUCAAUCUUCGUCAGGAAAAUAUAUAUUUUAAGAUUAUUCCGUAGUGUAUAGAUCUGGAGCACUAGACUGUAAAGAUUAUAUAUGUAUACUUUAUAUUUGUAUAUUAUAUAAUGUAAAUAUCUGUAUGAUCUAUGAUGAUACAUUGCUUAUAUUUCAAUUGGGAAAUUGAAAAUGCACAGAUAUACACAAACACACACACACGCAUCGACCAUAUUGUCAUAAUGUAGUACCGUAGAGUUAUUUUUCUAUGAAAAUUACUGGUAAUUAUUUUAAAGGACAAGAAUUUAAUGAAAGAAUAUCUAACGAGGAAUUCAGUACAGGAAAUGUAUUGAGGUAUAUGGUACAGUGUACAGUGUAAGACUAAAGGCAGUUUUGCUGUUCUUGGUAGAUGAGGUGUAUGUACAUGUAUAGCUUUAUCUAUUUUUAGAGCAAUGGUCUGUGAUCUGAUUAUGAGGAAAAUAAUUUGUCUGUACACUGUUCUGCAAAGAUGUGACAUUUUCAUCUGCUUUUGUUUUCUAAUUGUCUGUCACGCUUCAGAAGACUCGAUGUUCGACUUGAAUUUAAAUAGAAAAGGAUGAUAUUGUGAUUAGAUUAUCUGAAUGGGAUAAUGGUGUUCAUACCUUUUUACUGUUUGUUCUAAAUGGUGAUAAAAUAACACUUUCAGUAA